AUGAUGAAGCUCCGGUCCAAUCCCGCUGAUGCUCAAUUCGACGCAGCCUCUCUCCGUUUCCAACCUGCAAUCAAGCGUCCUCAGCCUGUACAGAAGCAAAAGCCCAGGCCAAACUCGAAUCCCACCCUCGCAACAAAACCUCCACCGCAGCCUGCUCCCCCUGUCGCAACUGGGCCCAUUGUCCAGAAAUGGCAAGACUCUCAGCAGGAUGACUUUGAUGUUGUCAAUGAAUACCACAAGUUCCAGGAAGAGCAAAAGGCUCGUCUGAAAGAGGAACGCAAGAGCAAGAAAUCAAAAAAGGCUUCACUUCACAUCGACGACAUUGAUUGGUCUGCCCCGUACAAUGUCCAGGACGCCUUUACCAAGACCCGCACAAAGUUACGUCUAGAUGCCUGGAAACACUCGGAUUCAAAGUUCAACGCUCGCUAUCAAUGGAAGCAGACGCUGCAUUCCUUCAAACGAUCUGGCACGCCUCCGCCAGCUAGACAUGAGCCCACACUCGCAACAGACGUCUCGUACAAGAACAUGCCACCUCCACAAGAACUCUCAGAAUCUGUCAAAUCCUCUGCUGCUCCUCAACCGCUAUCUGCACCACCACCGCCUGCUGUUGCUCCAGUCGCAUACCCUCCUCCUGCCGCUUUCAACCACUACCCACCUCCUACCUUCGAUCAAUACCCACCUGCUGACUUCAACCAAUAUCCUCCCCCGCCUCCACCUCCACAGUUCUCUGAUGUCCCUGCUCUCCCUGGUCUACAGUACUAUCCGCCCCCUCCUCCCCAAUUUGUGCCUCCUCCACCGCCUGUUCAGACAUACCAGCCCGCGCCUUCGCCCGUUCCGACGCCGCCAGCUCCAUCACAACCGUCGGGAACUAUCUCACGGGAGCCUGUGCGCUAUGAGAAACCAGCACAAACUGAGGACGAUAUCGACACUGCCCCUGAAUCCAUAAACAUGGAGGUGUCACAGGAACCUGAAGUACGGACAUCUGCCCCUGGCCAGAAAGGCUUUGCUCAGAGAUACAUGGAGAAGAUGGGCUGGAAAAAGGGAGAAGGUCUUGGAAGAGAAGCGACUGGUAUUACGACAAUUCUCCGUCACGAAGCCACGAAACGAAAGCGCAAGGGAGAUGCGGAAGGUGGUGGCUGGGCACAGCCUGCUGCAAUGGGCCGCAUUGUCGGUGGUAAAAAGACAAAGACUGAUGUUCGCAUAGACGAGAGCAAAGCCUUCAGUCUGGUUGCCAAAUUUGAAGGCAUGCUUAGGGACAUGGACAUCGAUCAGGCCAUCGAGGAGGACAAUCUGAUGCAAAGAAUUGGUGAGAAGCUGGAAGACUACGGUCGAUCAGAGCGCGUCUUCAUCGAUCGCGCUACUGGAAGGGUGUUUGUCAAGUUUACAAGCGCCCUGAGUGCUUUCAAUGCUAUCAAAGCAAGCGACGGCACAGACUUCCUAGGCAACGGGCGUAUCGUUCAAAGCACUUUUUUCAAUGCUGACAAGUUUGAAGAAGGUAUCUAUGAAUAGGCUCGAGCAAUGUUGACUAGUAGAUAGUUCUGGUAUAACACUGACUUCAUGGCCAAGCUCUCUAGGGUCGUGAAUAGUGAGAUCGCGUCUAGCAAUCAUUCUUCAUGAUCAACUCCUCAGUCCACAAAACCUUCUUUCCUCAGGAUCAUCUUCAUACUCAAGAACUAUCUGGAAUUCAUCAUAUAAAAAAAUCCAGGCAACCCAGCAUGACUCGGACGUUGAGACACGACAUGCCAUCACCUCACGCUGCUGCCAUUUUAGAGUAUGUAGGUAGAGAUAAGGCAGGUCGGGGAAAUCUCGUGGUUACCUGUUGUUGCGUUAGGUGUGCAAGCUGCUGGAUUUACUCGUGGGUAUGAUAGGGGUAGGUAGGGGGAUGUUUGUGGAACAUCAUGGGGUCAAUUGGUGAAUGCCUGUGGAUGGGUGUGGUUGAU